GAAUUCCGUCAGCCAUUGACCACGCCCUCAACGUGACGUGGUAGUGAUGUAGAGGAAGGCGGGGAUUAAAUAUUCAUUCCACAUCAUAACACUUUAGCGUUUGUUUGUUUGUUUUUGGGGGGGAAUAAUGCUUCACCGGUUUUGACUGAAAAGUUAACAGCACCUUAGUGAGGCUUUGCAUACGUUUGCAAUGGACUGCAAUAGAAACUAUAACCAUUUUCAGCACACUCCCCUGCUGCUCCUUUCCUUCUUGGAGCAAAAAGGCUGCCAAAAUAGUGAGCUUGCCAAUCACAAUUAUAUUGAAAUCGACGAAGAAUUACAAACCGACGGUCACAGUUCCUCAGUCACCUACAGAGACUUUUUGAAUGACCUUCAGAAUCAAGUUCAGCCUCAACUGCCAGUCGAUGAUGAAGAGGCUCGGGCCGCAAGGGAAAUGGCGGCAGAAUUGAUCAGAAUUGCAGACCUGCUUGAGCAGAGAGUCCUGUUCCAAGCCGCUGAAACACUGACUAAGAAACUGGACACAUGCCCCGAGCAGUUUUGGGCCAGACAUCUAUCUGAUGGAGUGCAGGGCUUGCUUCGCCAGGUGGCAGAAGCCAAAGAGUUUAAGAAGGAACUUGUGGAGAUGGCAUUCACUUUUGUGCUCAUGAAGACUGUGUGUGAGCGAGUGCCCCAGUUUCUGUUCAGACUUUAUGGCUCAGUGGUCCAGUAUUUCGGAUCCCGCUGAUCCGUGUACAAGUUAUACAAUUGUAAGGUUGAGAAUGUGAAUGUUUGUAUAAAUAAAAUAUAUAUUUGAAUGUCUUUGCCUUCUGUAAAAA